AUGCGGCGCCCGUGCUCCGCAGAUGGCUCACCUGAAGACAGACUGCAGUGGCGAGGAGGCGGCGAAGGCUUGGAAGUGCGGUGCAGCGAUCCGAAGCUGAAUGCGCAGCUUUACAGCAAUCGUGCCCACGUGCGGCUGCUCCUGCGGCAGUUCGUGGAAGCGGUUGACGAUUGCCGAAGAGCCAUAGAGCAGGAUCCGAAGAACAUCAAGGCGUACUGGCGUGCGGCCAGAGCCUCGCUUCACUUGGACCUCUGUCGGAAUGGAAUCGACUUCUGCGAAGCAGGGCUGAAGCAGGCGCCCGGAGACUCGGAUCUCAUGAAGCUCCGGGACUCUUGUGCCGAGAAGUUGGCAGGGCAGCAGCAGAGGCGAGCAGAGGCCCGGACGAUGGCCAACCGUGAUUUCAACGCAGACGAAGCCAUGGCAGUCCAGGAGAAGGUCUCUGGAUUGAGUGAGCAGCUGGCUAGACUUCAGGCGUCCUUCGCCAGCAAGCAGCGGCAACGAGUUCGGCUGGAGCUCACGCAGCAGACAGUCACUUCCACGCCGGAGGAUACCAAACUCUACCGUGGGGUGGGCCGCUGCUUCCUGCUGGGUGACCGGCAGCCAAUUCUAGACGAGAUGAAGCAGACAAUGGACAGCAUAGAUGAGGACUUGGGCAAAAACAUCCCAAAGCCCGAAGCAUGUGAAGUGCAGAGUCUGGAAGACUCUGGGUGGGAGGAGCUGCCAAAGAUGCAGAAGGCCAGUCAGGAGUUGGAGAAGCGCAAAGACGACGCCGAGAAGGCAUGCGGGGGCGACAUGAGCAUGCCCUUGAAGUAUCCUACCUUCGAAGGAGCUGCGCGAGAUGAUUGCCGCGUUCCAGAAGCAGGCCGUGCGAAGCUGCGGUUUCUAAGCGUAGAGCAGCUGGCCCCAUGCUGGCUGACCCAUUUCAGCUCCACGCAGAUUCUUGGAGGCAGAACGUUCUGCCGCUACAGCCGCAUGACAGAUGCAGGCAAGGAGAGGAUCGAGCCUCGAGCUGAGGGCACCCGCGUGAUGCAAAGAGGAAGGCUUGAUGCUGUGAGAGUUCUUCCACUUUCCUUCCUCAGCUCAGCUGCCGCGACCAGCGACAAGGACGGCAUGCUGGAGAAGGCAGAGUUGAAGAAGUACGCGCAGGCGGAGCUCAAGUGCACCUUAACAGCCGCCUCGGUGGACGGGAUGUUCCGGUUGCUCACUGCCGAGGGCGCCAAGGGCGUCCGCACCGAGGAUUUCCAGCGAGCCAAGGUUCAGGUCGGCAUCCUGCGUGAGAAGAAGAUCGAUCUGGAGCGGAAGAAGCGCCGCGAAGAGCGCGAGAAGGAGCUGGAGAAACUGAAAGACAAGCUCAAGGGGCGAAUUGAGGUGGGGUAG